AUGUCCUUCCACGCAAAUGGUGGGCGACGCUACGGACAUGUACCUCCAGCACAAUACGGUGCACCAACAGGUCAACCCUCGAAUAACCCGAGUCAAGGCUUGCAUAGGCAGUCUAGUUUUGACAAUGGAGAUGAUGCUGCAUUUUUUGACCCGGGUAAUAGCGGAUACCAACCUGCCCCGCCAUCAUCGGCGAGGGCUUCAAUGCCAUCAGAAGAAUUAUACAUACCAAAUAACUCAAUGAGCCCGCAAUCGCCUGGCAGAUCGUCAUUUGGAACACCUGGUAGUCCCGCUUUGUCGGGAUAUCAACAUCAAUACCAACCUCUGAAUGGAUCUCAAUCCCCCUCACUUCCCCAACAGCCUGCAUACAACCCCCAGAACUUUGCCAGGUCUCAGUCGCACUCGCAGCCUUCACAAUAUCGUCCUCAACCCUCAUAUAGCCCGAGUAUUUCCAGUCAACACCAAUAUUCGAAUUCUACAUCGUAUAAUCCUGCAGCUUAUCAGCCAUCGCAAUAUCCCACACGCGCUUCGUCUACUGCCUCUGCGUACAACAAUUACAACAAUUCCUAUGCGCAAACUCCUACCUCUACAUCGGCGUCCUAUUGGUCAUACAAUUCUUCUUCUUCAUCGCCUCCAGCUCGCGCAAGUGCUAUAUACGAAAGUUACAUGGAUUCGCCACCUUUGAGAAGUCCAAGCUAUGCUCCUCACUCGGCUACUUUACCCCCAAGACAGGCUUCAUAUAAUCCACCGCCUUCUACAACUCCAUAUCCAACUAACGGGGACAAUUUUGCUGAAGACGACUAUGAUUACAGGAGAACUACACAAAUGCCCACAUACCCGAAUUUCCCCGGUGGUGUUCUUCGAGAGAAUUCAACUGACUCCAUAUCUCAAGAAAUCCCUCCUAUUCCUCCGCCCAAACGUUCUUCGACAAAUUCUUCAAAUGCCCCCGUGAUACCUAUGCCUGCCUCUCCUGGAACCACACUACAGAGACACCCAACGCAAAGACCCUUACCUAGUGCGCCAAUGGAACAAGGUGCCGGAGAUGAAGAUGAUUGGGGUCUAGGAAUACAAGGUAAGACAGAUGAAGAACUUACCCAAGAACAAAUCUUUGCGGAUAUUGGAGAUGCCCUUGGAACUUCCCACCGGAAUGGAGACCUUCUGGAUGGUGAAUUACAUCGAUAUGACUCAAGAGCAACUACUGUUCAUUCUGGUACUGGUGUUGACCGUUUUCCUUCUACAGCUUCUACAUUACAUACCGAGGGAACUUCUUACGAUAAUUACGAAGAUGACGAAAGCGAUUUGGAAGCAGCUGCUGGCCUCGAAGCUAUGCGCAUUGCCGAAGAACAAGAAUCCCAUGGACUAGGUUCGGGGGGCUUGAGUUUUGGUGGACCAUACGAAGGACAACCAUCAUAUUACGAGGGGCAACCAUCACAUCAAUCUCAGCUACCUCAAGGGGAAAGUAGUGAUAGUGAUUACAAAGGUAUGGAUUUAGGCCUCGCUGGCGGUGGCUACGACGCACAUAUGUCUUAUGGAGAUGAUUUUGCUGGUAUGAGUACAGAACAUAGCAGUGAGAUGGAAGAUCAAAGUCGACCAUUACCGACACCGCACCAACUUAGUCGUUCUGACAGUCGCGCUCAAAGAGGUGGUUUGGGAGGGAUGGCUGACUACUCCAUGCCCGGCGAGGGUGAACUUCAUCCUUUCCCUGCUUUUGAAGAAGCCAGGGUUGAUAACUACGGUACAGGCGGUCUAGAAAGGCCAACUUCUCAUGCUCACCGGUUGAGCUUUGAUGAAGGUGAUGAGAAUUCAAUUCAAUCUCGAAUUUUAGAUUCUCGGCAAAGUGGUAGGUCUGGAAGUGAUAGCCCCCCGAGAGAUGAAAUUCCAGAUAUGUUCUACCAUCCGGGGAUGACUCCGGGAUCUUACCAACGGCCUCUUCCGGCAGUCCCUCCGAUGUCCGAAAAUAGGACACCGCAAUUACAACCAGCUGGCUCUUACCGCAAUUCGCAUGGUUAUUCACACUCCUACUCUUCCAGUGUCGACAGCGCGAGGCCGUAUCCUCCUAGUGGACCGGAAGCAUACCCACAAAAUAUACUUCAGCCGGCCCUUCAAUAUGUUCCCAGAUCAUCAUCUCUUCAUAGUCACAGCAAUACUGCACAAACAAUACCUCCCGUUCGCUCGAAAACAGAUGCCGAGGAGCGUCAAACCAGAGCAAAGGGCAAUAGACAAUCUAUGCUUCGCUCGGCUGCAGGACUAGAUGGUUAUGAUGCAUCUACUCCAGCGUCUCUAGGGACGCUUGAUCUACCCGCCUUGCCAGCCGGCCGCCGUAAGAAGUUUUCACCUGGAAGGUUAUCAACUGCCGAAUUGCGCAGGUGUACAGAGCCAUGGGCUUUGAGUGGAAUUGCAGGUUGGAUACGAGAGAUGGCUGGCGGGGAGACAGGAGAAGGCGAAUCAGAUCUCCGAGUAAAGACUAUCGAAGAUGGCCUUAUAGCCCUGUUCACCCACAUGGUACCAACCAUGAACACAGCGGAUGCAGAAACCCUUAGUGAAAAAGUCGUAAAGUCUAUGUUCGACGCUGGCAUUUUGGUGAAAGAUGAAGAGUGGGUCAAAUUUGGCCAAGGUGAAGUAUCCGGUGUAUUAUGGCAAUUGACAGGGUCAGGAUGCUAUGCGCCAAAGGUUCAUGAACAUGAAAUCGAAGGACGAUGUUAUUCACAUCAUUGUACUCGCACACUAAAGAAGAUCAACUUACAGUCCCAAACUCUGGAACCAUCUAGAAAGUCCGAGGACUGGAUCACUUUCUUUAAACUAACAAAGGAAAUCCUUGGGGGUGUAACCAAGAAAGAGAUUGAGUUACAGAAUAACCUCCAUGAGAUAGUCAUGUCGGAGGAUAUCUACAUGGAUCAGAUUAACGUGUUACGUAUAUUGUAUCGAGAUAAUCUUGCUUCGUGGCAACCUCCCAUCAUCGCAAAAACGAAGAUCACAAAAUUUGUUGCUUCUGUUUUCGGGAAAGUCGAAGCCAUUAAAGAUGUUAAUGAAAAUCAUCUACUUGCACAAUUAAAGUACAGACAAAAAGAGCAAGGACCUUGGGUGACGGGCUUCAGCGACAUUUUCAGAGAAUGGAUAAGGAAGGCCAAGUCCGCAUAUAUCGAAUAUGCUGCUGGGUUCCCAUACGCCACUUAUCUGGUUCGAAGAGAAGCAGACAGAAAUAUUCUUUUCCGCCAAUUUCUAGACCAAGCUCGAGACAACAAGCUCUCUGGUCGUCUAGACUGGAAUACAUAUUUGAAAGCCCCGAUCACAAGAUUGCAGCGCUACGGUCUCCUCCUUGGUACUGUUCUCAAAAAUAUGACCAAAGAUAGCGACGAGAAAGCAACUCUAGCGAUAGCCAUUGAAGAAAUCAAGGCAGUCACCCUAGAGUGUGAUGCUAAGGUUGAGGAACAGAGUAGAAAAGUUGAUAUGAUUGAGCUCCAGUCGAAGCUCUAUCUUCGCCCUGGCAUGGAGCGUGUCGAGCUCAAUCUGGAUCAUCUAGGCCGUGAGCUCCUUCAUAGAGGAGAUCUGCAGCGUGCAGGUAAUAAUCGAUUCACCUGGUUGGAAACUCAUGCUAUCCUCUUUGAUCAUUACUUUGUCUUAGCCAAGAGUGUUAUUCAACGAGAUGCCAAUGGUUUGCGGAAGAAGGAAGUUUAUGAUGUAUCAAAACUUCCGAUUCCAAUGCAGCUUUUAGUUCUCGAGAGCAGUGACGAUGAUCCAGUACAGAAAUCCGCUGUGAAGGGUAUUGGUGCUGUCACGACAACUGUCGCCAAGACUACUCCAGCAAACGCUGCCGAAGCAAGGUUAAUGCGUACUGCCACGAAUGCUACUAGCGGACUUGAGCGAAUGCAAACAUUGGAGCACACAAACUCUAAUAAUUCAGUCUCAACUACAGCUUCCGUGACAAGACUUAAUUCGAAUAAUAUGAAUGACAACGAUGCAAAGGUCAUGUAUCCAUUCCGUAUCAAGCAUCUGGGCAAAGCCGAAGUUUAUACUCUAUAUGCUCCAUCGGCCGCAAAUCGAGACAAGUGGUGUGAUAAAAUAAUCGAAGCGAAAACUCGUUAUGCAGCGGCUCUUUUUGCGCAAAAUGCUGAGCCUUUCCGUCUUAAAGUUGUUGCUGAUAGUGCUUUUGCUUAUGACAACUCAACGAUCUAUCAGCAAAGGGCUCUCAUUUCUAUUUCUGGUACGCCACUAGAUAGAGCUGUCAGGGACAUGGAACACAGUUAUGGAUCAAAACCUCGGCCGUCUCCGGUAUGCAGAGCUCAAGUAAACUGCGCAGUAUCGUUUAUGUCAUAUGGGAAACUUUUGAUUGCAAUUGGAACGGAUUACGGGGUUUAUAUCUCUGAGGCAUCAAAUCCUCGAGGAUGGACUAUUCAAAUGCCCAAAGUUACACAAAUCGCCGUUCUCGAAGAUUUCUCCCUGUGCAUCAUCAUUGCCGACAAAUCUUUGGUUGCAUAUCAUCUCGACGUAAUCAUUCCUGCUUCAAACUUUCCUGGGACCAAUACAGACUCAUCUCGACGAGCACCUCAAAAGCUCUCCGGUGCUCGCGACGUAUCAUUCUUCGCUACAGCUCGUAUGAAAGAAAGAACCCUAGUCUUCUACAAGAAAAAGGAGAGUCUUCACUCCGUCUUCAAAGUUCUAGAGCCAGUUGUUCAAAAAUCCUCGGAGAAAAAGUCGCGUCUUUUUGGUAAACGUUUCGGUGGUAAUACUGAAUUUUUCCGUGAAUUCGACGAAUUCUAUAUUCCAACCGAAUGUUUCACCAUCAAUCUCUUCCAAUCUUACAUUGCCAUCUCGACUCAAAAAGGAUUUGAACUCUUGACCCUCGACAAAAAAGUACCAAUGAGUAUCCCAGAUACCAAAAAUCAAAAUAUAGCAUCCAUAGCCGCUCGACUCCAAGGUCAAAGACCUCUAGGUAUGUUCAGGCUUUCUGAUGCUGAGUUCCUUCUAUGUUAUGCGGAAUGUGGUGUCUAUGUCGAUAAACAUGGCGAAGUAUCUCGAUCCGUCAUCAUGGAAUUCGUAGGAAGAGCUAAAACGGCAGCUAUGUAUGGUGCCUACUUGGUACUCUUCGAUAGCGAUUUUGUCGAAGUGAGGAAUGCAGAGAAUGGUAGAUUGAGACAAGUUAUUGCGGGUAGUGAUGUAAGAUGUCUUGAUGCGGGUACAAACCCUCAGGGAGCAGGCGCAAAUUCUAUGGCUACUAUGAAUCCGAUGGGUGGCGCGGGAGGGGCUAUGAAUAGGACGUUGAAGUUGGCAAUGGCACAUCCGGAAAUUGUGGGGAACCAGAUCGUGUUGGAGAUGGUGCUUAAUGAGGGGCAUAUGGAAUAG